AUGGCGCAAGGCCCAUCAAAAUCAACCUUCCUCCUCCUGUUUCUGUUCGUCUUCAUCGAAAUCUUGGGAUUUUCGAUCAUUUUGCCACUGUUCCCGUACCUGGUCCACGAGUACGAGGCCUCGCCCGUCCUCAUCGGCUGCGUCAUGGCUGCCAACGCCCUCGCCCAGUUCGUGGGCGCCCCUUUUCUAGGCCGCCUCUCCGAUCUUUACGGGCGGAGGCCCGUGCUGCUGGUGUGCAUCGCAUCGACGCUGGGCUCCUUCCUGCUGCUGGCCUUCGCGCAGAGCAUGACGGCUGUCUUCCUGUCGCGCGUGCUCGACGGAAUUCUCGGCGGCAACAUUGCGCUGGCGCAGGCCUACAUCACUGAUGUGACGGGCGAGGGCGAGCGCACUCGAAGUCUCGGGCUUGUGGGCGCGGCGUUCGGGCUGGGCUUCAUAGUCGGGCCUGCUCUCGGUGGCACCCUCGUCGGGUGGCAUCCGCGCUACCCGGCCCUUGCCGCUGCACUCCUCUCCUUCAUCAACCUCAUCGGCGCAUACUUCCUGCUCACAGAGUCACUCACGGCUGAAAAGAUGAAGGCCGCCCAGGACACACGCAAGCAGAGCCCCUCCCUCGGCCUCCUCCUGGGCUUCAAGUUCGCCUACAACCUCGUCUUCACCAUGUUCGAAAGCACCUUCUCCCUCUACAACAAGAAUCGAUUCGGUCUCACUGCGCGACAGUCGAGCUACGUUCUGUGCUUCGUGGCGCUCUUGUUCGCGAUGCUGCAGGGCGGCGGCAUCACACGACUGACGCGACGGAUAUCGGAAGCCCGCUUGAUCGUGGCCUCCUUCUUCGUGCUCUCGUUCUCGCUCUUCUUCUGGGCGCUCGCCUCCUCAAUCCCGCUCCUUCUCCUGGCUCUCGUUCCCUUCUCCCUCUCCUCGGGUGCCCUCAACACCCUCAUCAACUCUCUCAUCACCAAACACGUCAAGAGCCACGAAAUCGGAGGAGCGCUUGGAAUCACGUCUUCCGUGGGCAGCCUCACUCGGGUGAUCGCUCCCGUGGUGGGCAGUCAGCUCCUGCAGACGUGGGCGGAGGCGGCGCCCGGGCUGGUGGCCGCUGCGUUCCUGCUGGUCGUGGCCCUCUACGCGCGGGCGCGCCUCCCCGCCAUCGCCACCGUACCCUCACCACCACCAACAAAUCACGCUGACACGACGGCCAAAGCGAAGAAGGCCACGUAG